AUGGCGGCCACCGGCCCGGCCCCGCUCCUCGCGCACGUGCCGCGCGGGACCACAACUCCCGACCAGCACCGCGGCCAGAACGCGGCACGGGAGGGGAGGGGCGGGGCGCCGCUGCGCACAGCGCCCCCCAGCGGGCCGGCGGUGUGUCCGGGCCGCGCGCCAGUGACACCGGGGCUCUGCGGGAAGGGGCGGCGGGAGCGGGGCCUGGUGUCCCCUGGAGAAGCAAGGCGCACCCGAAGCGAGCUCCCGCACAGCAGCAGUACAGGCAGGAAGCAGCAACGCACGGCCGCCGGGGAAGCCCGGCAGUACCGUCAUCAUUCUCAAACCGGGAACCGCCGCCACCUCGGCCCGAAGCGUGCAGGCCGCGCGCCGGUGACGUCUCCCGGCGGGCCUGAGGCGAGCGGCUCGCGCACCCCACGGGCCGCCGUGAGGCUUCGGCUCGCCCCCCAGGGACGGUUGACAGCGGGGAAGCCGCUGACGUCAAGGGAAGCCGCUGACGUAGGCGGCGCCGCGCGCCAGGCACCCCGCCCACAGCCGCUCGAGCCUCCGCCCCCUGCGGAGGAAAAGGCACGCGGCGGCCCCCACGCCAGUCCCGCCAUCCGACGGCGCGCCGUGGGGAGAGCGGGCGGCGUGUCGCUAGGUAUUGACGUCACGGCGGCGCGCCGGGGGAGGCGGGGUGCCGCAGAGGCAGCAGCUGGUCGCGGCUCGUGGCGCGAGCUUCGGAACAAGCGGGGGUCUCGCGCGCCCGCCCCGCCCGCGCGCGGCGCCGGCAGCCGCCAGCGGUAGAAGAACAGCAGUUCGAGUUGUACUGUAAAGCAGAUUCUUCCCCAAAACAAAGGCAGGGUCAGUGCAGCAGUG